AUGAAGUUCACGUACAUAUUAACUGGUUGGGAAGGGUCAGCACAUGAUGCACGAGUGCUUAAAGAUGCCGUCGACAAACCGAAGUUCAAAUUCCCACGUCCACCACCAGACGCGGCAUAUGCAAAUAAUGAUUGUUUCCUUGCUCCAUAUAGAGGUGGGACAUACCAUUUGCCUGACUACCGAAGGAGAAGUAGUGGUUUUAGGGGACCUAGAGAUAUUUAUAACUACAAACACUCUUCGUUGCGAAAUUGUAUCGAGCAAACUUUUGUUGUUUGGAAGGCUAGGUUCCCCAUCUUAAGGCGGCCAAAUAACUGUUACCCAAUGAGCAAACAAGUGAAGAUUCCUGUGGCAUGUGCAAUCUUACAUAAUUUUAUUCACAUGGUGAACGAGGGGGACCCGCUUCUGAAUCAAUAUUACCGUGACGGUGUACCGAUUAGUGAAAUAGAUCCAACCAAUAGUGAUGAAUUUGAUGACGUUGGCAAUUCCAACAAUGACGACAAUGCGCCCGAAGGGUCAACAGUAACAAGAGCUACAGUUAGCCGAACAGAGAUGUGUCAAUUUAGGGAUCGCAUUGCGAAUGAAAUGUGGGUGGAAUAUCAAAGAAGCCGCGGGAGACAAGGUUGA